CCCUAUAAAUACCCCUGCCUCGACUCCUUUCUCCGCACAGCACAGAUAGAAGCUCUGAGAGAGAAAGAGAGAAAGGAAGACACAUAUAUUAUCACACCCAUACACGGAGAAAGAGAGAGAGAGAGAGGGAUGGCGAACUUUCCGGUGAUCAACAUGGAGAAACUGAACGGUGAGGAGAGGGGAGACACCAUGGCCCUCAUCAAGGAUGCCUGUGAGAAUUGGGGCUUCUUUGAGUUGGUGAACCAUCGGAUACCACAUGAGAUGAUGGACGCUCUGGAAAGGAUGACGAAAGAGCACUACAGGAAGUGCAUGGAACAGAGAUUCAAGGAGCUGGUGGCCAGCAAGGGCCUUGAAGCCGCCAGGCUGAGGUCACCGACAUGGACUGGGAGAGCACCUUCUUCCUUCGCCACCUCCCUCAGUGUUUGCCAAAAAACUAGAGGAGCUGCCGAGGAGCUUUUGGACUUGCUCUGCGAGAACCUGGGGCUAGAGAAGGGGUACUUGAAAAGGCCUUCCAUGGGACCAAGGGCCCAAACUUCGGGGACUAAGGUGGCAAACUACCCACCGUGCCCAAAGCCAGAAACUUAUAAAGGGCUGCGAGCACACACCGACGCCGGCGGCAUCAUCUUGCUCUUCCAGGAUGACAAGGUCAGCGGCCUCCAGCUCCUCAAGGACGACAAAUGGGUCAACGUUCCCCCCAUGCGCCACUCCAUCGUCGUCAACCUCGGUGACCAAAUUGAGGUGAUAACUAACGGAAAGUACAAGAGCGUGCUGCACGGGUGGUGGCCCAAACGAACGCAACGAUGCCAUCAUCUUCCCAGCGCCAGAGCUGGUGGCCAAAGAGGCGAGGAUGAGAAGCAAAUUUACCCAAAAUUCGUGUUCGACAACUACAUGAAGCUCUAUGCCACUCUCAAGUUCCAGCCCAAGGAGCCAAGGUUUGAAGCCAUUAAAACCAUGGAAUCAAAUGUCAAUCUGGGUCCAGCGGCCAGAGCU